GGCACUCGUGUAAUCCAAGGGCUAUUAGUAGCUCAACUGCUUUUCUGAAUCCUUGAGCAGAGAAUUAUUUAGUUUCCAGUUACGCGAGUCCGAAAGGGAGAAAAAUGAUGGUGAAGAUCUAUUUUUCUGAAUAGCUGAAAUGGUUAACAGAGGAGCCCACCAUUCCAGGACCAUCUUCUCCUCUGCUACUGCAAGAAUUUUCCCAAGAAAGCCAUCCCCUUUUACCAUUACUCUUCAAAUCUUCUUUUUAUUUGCAUUUUCCAUCCUCCUAUUCCUCUUCUACACAAGGAAUUCCUUCGAAUAUGAACAGAAACACCCCUAUUUCUCCAGAGAAUCUCUUCUCAAUCAGGUGGAUGUCCAUUCAACUGUAGAAAUGUCGGAGGAGCAACUUUGGUAUGCACCAUUUAGCCAUGGUGUACAUCCAUGCAUCGAGCCAACUGCUAAAUAUAAAGCUGCUAUAGGUUCAGACCGUUACAUGACUGUGAGAAGUAAUGGAGGACUAAAUCAGAUGCGCACUGGUAUAUCGGAUAUGGUGGCUGUGGCACACAUUAUGAAUGCAACCUUAGUCAUUCCUCAACUAGAUAAGCGUUCUUUCUGGCAUGACUCAAGUACAUUUUCAGAUAUAUUUGAUGAACUUCAUUUCAUUCAAACCUUAAGAGGAGAUGUCCAGAUUGUCAAGGAGCUGCCCCAGGAGUUGGAAGCUCUUCCACGGGCUAGGAAGCAUUUUGUUUCCUGGUCUGGUGUCAGUUACUAUGAAGAGUUGACACAACUAUGGAAAGACUACCAGGUGGUUCAUGUUGCAAAGUCCGAUUCUAGACUUGCAAACAAUGGACUUCCUCUUGAUAUUCAGAGAUUGAGGUGCCGUGCUCUAUAUCAUGCCCUACGCUUUGCUCCCCCAAUUGAAAGUCUGGGAAAGAAGCUGGUGGAGCGGCUUAGGGCACGUGGAGGAAGAUACAUAGCACUUCAUCUGAGAUAUGAGAAAGACAUGCUGGCUUACACUGGUUGUACUUAUGGCUUGAGCGAUGCUGAAUCUGAGGAGCUGAGAAUAAUGAGGGAAAACACAAAGCAUUGGAAGGUUAAAAAUAUAAACUCAACUGAACAGAGAGUGGGCGGCUUUUGUCCACUAACUCCCAAGGAAGUUGGAAUAUUUCUUAAAGCUCUUGGUUAUCCUCCAUCAACCCCAAUUUAUAUUGCUGCUGGGGAAAUCUAUGGUGGCAAUGCUCACCUUUUGGAGCUCACAUCUCGUUUCCCAAAUGUAGUUUUCAAGGAAACACUUGCUACCCAUGAAGAGCUGAGAGCAUUUGCUAACCAUGCGUCACAGACUGCUGCCCUUGACUACAUUAUCUCCAUUGAAAGUGAUGUGUUUGUUCCAUCAUAUUCUGGUAACAUGGCAAGAGCUGUUGAAGGGCACCGCAGAUUCUUAGGUCACCGCAAGACAAUUUCCCCAGAUAGGAAAGGACUUGUUGAGGUUUUUGAUAUGGUUGAAAGUGGACAGCUGGAACGAUCUAUGUUGUCUUAUCUUGUACAGCAAAUGCAUGAGGAUAGGCAAGGAGCUCCAAGGAAAAGAAGGGGUCCAAUCCAAGGAAUCAAAGGUCGAGGGCGUUUCAGGACAGAAGAAAAUUUUUAUGAAAAUCCAUACCCAGAGUGUAUUUGUACUUCAAAGAGGCAUUUUCAAUGACAUUAUAUAUGUACAGCGGCAUUGUUAUGCAGUUUUGAUGCAAAAUAUUAAUUUAAAGAGAGAUUUUCAUUGAUUUAUUAUGACAUAUGGUAAACCAAAUUAUUGAGUUAU